ACCCUCAGGUUCGUUCUGGUAGAGAGUCGAACGGUAAGUCUCUAUGAACAGUUCUACGUCAUGGGUCAUGGGAUUGUGUCUCGCCAGACGAACUGCGUCCCGGUCAUCCCGGUCACUGGUCAUCCUCGGUCUUGACGGUUUGACGAUCCUUUACUUCAUCCGUGGCUGCGUGCUUCCUCAGAAGUCGAUCAUUAACCCCGUGGAGAAGUUACCCGAAGUCACCGAACCUAUUCGUCCCUGUCUCUUAACUGCUCUGUAUAAAGCUUACAUAUCUUUACUUUAAAUCUUAACUCACUCACUCACUACAUGUCUUUACGAAAUACAAUAACAUCAUGUCUUUCUGUUCAUGACAUGGUUUUGUUUUGUCACAGGGUCCGCUAUAUUGAAGAUGUCAGCCGAGAAUGGUCUACUCAAAGAGAACUGCGGGGCCUUUGCUCUUGUAGAAUCUGGAAAGUCAGAUGUUGACAAAGAAGACUUCGAGGAACAUGGACUUCUGACACAUUUAAAUGACCUGUCAGUCGAGGAGGAGGAAAGAGAAGAAGAGAGAGAAGACGAGGAGGAGUUUCGAGAGUACUAUUUGAAGUGUGGAGGAAGAGUGGCUCAAACAAGAACAGCAAUCGUACACAAACUGAAUGAACACAAGACUAUUAUCGGUCGCGUUGUUGGGUCUGUCAUAUUAGUUGUCUACCUGGUGUAUCUUGGCUUCUGCAUAGACUACUCGUUUGGGGAUGAAGGCUCUGUCAGGCUUGUCUGGGGCACGUGUUUUGUUUUGUUUCUUGUUGGCUACAGCAACUUCAGCGGGAAAAUCUUCCAGAAGAUCAGAGAAGGUUGCAGAUGCCAGACCCUGAGAAGGCCAAUAGUUCGAAAAGGAAUCAGAUGGUUCCUGUACUUGUCGAUACUUUUGUUCAUUAUCACGUACCUGUGUCUAACCAUUCUACAAACAAGUCCAAAGAACUUCACCUCCCUCGCAGGACUGGUCUUCUUCAUAGUUAUCGGUUACAUAUUCUCCAAACGCCCAGACCUGGUCAACUGGCAUGCAGUGUUCUGGGGCAUUACAACACAGUUUCUGUUUGCGCUGUUCAUCCUCCGGUCGAGAUUUGGAUACAGCGUUUUCAACUGGUUGGGAGAGAGGCUUGAAGAAUACAUGAGACACACAGACAAAGGUUCUCAGUUUGUGUUUGGGGACAGCUUCAGAGAUCACCAGUUUGUGUUUGUGACAAUGCCACUGAUUAUUUUCAUGAGUUCCACAGUCAACAUGCUGUACCACUACGGGGUGCUCCAAGCUAUUGUCAAGAACUUCGGGAAGUUCCUCUUCUUCUGUAUGGGUACGAGCGCUGUUGAAUCUGUCAACGCUGCCUUCAACAUGUUUCUUGGUCCCUCUGAGGCUCCAAUGGCUAUCAAACCAUUCCUGCCAUUACUGACUGCAUCUGAGAUGCAUGCCAUCAUGGUCGCAACUUUCUCCAGUAUUUCCGGAAGUGUCUUUGGAAUGCUUGUGAACUUUGGAGCUCCUGCCAACCACCUCCUCACAGCGUCUGUGAUGUCUGCCCCCGCCGCCCUCGCAAUGGCGAAACUGACCAUGCCGGAGACACGACGGACUAGGGUCAAACCAGAAGAUGCUUACAAUAUAACAAUGGCGAAAUUUCAGAGCGUAUUGGAAGCAAUAUCUAUCGGCGCUGUUGAUGGCAUCACACUGGCGUCCACCGUCGUUGUCAACCAGAUCGUCUUCAUCGCCGCUAUUGAAUUUAUAGACACCGCAUUUCAAUGGUUUGGGCACAGGGUGGGAGUGAAAGGCGUGACGUUCUCGCUUCUCUGUUCCUACAUGUUCUAUCCGCUGGCGUACAUAAUGGGCUUCCCCAAGGUCGACCUCUUCAAGAUAGGCGAACUGAUGGGCAUCAAAAUCUUUGCCAAUUCUUUUGUUGGAUUUAUGGAGUUUGGCAGGCUGGUCAUCAACAGGAAGGAUCUUGAGCAAUAUCAGCUGGUUCACAACGGUACCUGGCAUUGGCAAGAUGGCAAUGUAAUAUUAGACGCAACCAAUGUAACAUUGGUCGGUGGAAUUCUUGAGAAACGUUCUGAGGUGCUUGGUACGUAUGCCUUAUGUGGGCUCAACCACAUAGGGGCAGUUGGUGUUGCCAUGGGAACGCUGAUCGCGCUGUGCCCCGAACGGAGGACCACCAUCACAAAAUAUGUACUGAGGGCAAACAUCACUGGGCAGAUGGCCUGCUUUAUGACAGCAUGCAUCGCAGGUUUGCUGUACGAUGAGGCUUUACAGUCGGCGUGAGCGUCUUUGAAAGUGCAAUGUGUCGAACCUUGAACAAGGAACA